UUGCUCAAGCGCUUAAACUGAUUCGUCUCUAGGCAGUUUAAGGCGUUCGGUCAAGUGUACACGUUACGAAGCCGCAGAGUAAUCGCAGAUAUAUCGGAUCGAUUAAUAGCAAGUGAUUUUCGCCAAAUAAGUAAAAAAUAUUUCAUAUUAUAAACAACUGCGUUUGUGCAUCAGAACGCAAAAUAAUGUCUUCGUCCGAUUACGAUUACGAUUCCGAUGAUAUUAUUGAACUAAUCGACAGACUAGGUCAAGAUUGGAGUGAAACCGGAGAAGAAUCUGAUGACGAAUCUGGAGAACAUUCCGAUGAAGAUUCCGAUGAAGAUUCUGAUGAUUCCGAAGAUGAUUCUGAUGAAGAUUCCGACGAUGAAUCCGGGGAAGAUUCUGAUGAUGAUUCCGAAGAGGAUUCUGAUGAAGAUUCAUCAGAAUCCGAAGAUGAAUACGGAGGAGGUUUGCAUGAAGUUUCUGAAGAUAAAUCCGGAGACGAUUCUGAUGAUGAUUCCGAAGAGGAUUCUGAUGAAUCUUCAUCAGAAUCCGAAGAUGAAUACGGGGGAGGUUUGCAUGAAGUUUCUGAAGAUAAACACGGAGACGAUUCUGAUGACGAUUCCGAAGAGGAUUCUGAUGAAUCUUCAUCAGAAUCCGAAGAUGAAUACGGGGGAGGUCUUGAUAAAGUUUCUGAAGAUAAACGCGGAGACGAUUCUGAUGACGAUUCCGAAGAAUAACCCGGAGAAGAUUCUGAUAAAGAUUCCGAAGGGUGAUGUAAUUUUGCAUAUUUGUAACAUCAUUAAUAAAUAAAUAUAAUGAUGAAUUCAACUUCAAUAUCACUAAAUGAAUAAAUAAAAUUACUUUUGAUUUUUA